AUGGUACUCCGGGACAAAUGGAGCAAGGCGUUAUUCACUCAUGAGCUAGAGAACAGUGCUCAGGCAGAUCAAGUUCCUCUGAAAUCGUUCUCCUUUGUUGCACAGGAGAGCGAGCCGCUGCUUGGUUACGAUCGCCAACCCGCGUCUGGUGGGAUUGGUAGUACUCUUGGGGGUUGGCGGAUUGGCCCCAGUUGUUUCUAA